AGGCUUGUGGGUGCUGCCAUGACGCCCCAGCUGCUGGCUCUGCUCUGCACUGUUGACUCAGAUGGUUAUGCUGCUGCAUUCAGAGAGAAAUUUGGGAACUCAUCAUUUCUGGAACUUACCACGGUUGUGUGCUGGCCAAGGAAGCAGGGGGACUGACGAGUCCCUUCCCAAGCCCUCCCUCAGGGCCUGGCCCAGCUCGGUGAUGCCUCGCUGGAGUAACGUGACGCUGCAAUGCCAGACUUCUACAAAGAACGUCAACUUCGUUCUCAGAAAGGGAAAAGUUCCUUUGGAGUCUGUGCAAUCAUGGAUUUCCACAGAUGGGCCGGCUGAAUUUCACCUCACUGACCUACAAUUCCGCAAUGCUGGAGAGUACACCUGUGACUACUACAGACGGGGGGCCCCGAGCACACGUUCACAGCCCAGUGACGUCCUCCUACUACUGGUGACAGGAAAUUUUCCUAAACCCUCCCUGCAAGCCCACCAAAGGGGUGAGGUGACCGCAGGAGACACCGUGACCCUGAGGUGCCAGACGGCAGCCAAUGUUUACGAGACUAUAAUGUUUGCUCUACUGAAGGUGGGAGCAGCAGGGCCCGUUCAGCUCCAGGGUCCAGUAGAGAAGGAGACAGACUUCUCCCUCCAGAAUGUGACAGCUGGUGACACCGGGAACUACAGCUGUGUGUACUUCCAGACCAGCGCUCCUUUCUGGGCCUCCAAGCCCAGCAAUCAUCUUGAGAUCCGGGUGACAGGUGAGGUCUGUACUGCCCACAUGCCCCUGGCUGCCCAGGAAGGAUGAGCACUGGCGGGGAGCCCUGUGGAUUCUGAGUCCCACGGAACCUGCACUCUUCGCUCUAUGAAGAACCACUCGCGGACGAGACUCACCUUCCCUCCUGCUGCAGCUUCGCCUGGGGCUGAGGACAGGCUGGAGCCUAAAGAUGCACCUCAUAAACUUGGAGGACCUGAAAAAAUGCUUAAAGCUUCAGAGUCAGGCUGGGUAACCUGUGUCGUCACUUCUGUAGGAACUGUCAUUCCACUGAGAAGUGGGGAAAACACUGCUUCCCACGUAUCCAUUACUGACUCCUCUCCAUUCUCUAUUUCGUGCUUUUGGACCAAUGAGUCGGGUAUUUAAACUUCCGUACUCAUCGCACGUGUCUUUCGACUUUGAUUUCCCAGAGUCCCAACAUUCCACCUCAUUUGGGAGACUUCCUCUCAGUUUCGUGGCACCGAGCUGCCCCCAAGGUGCGCCCACAUGUCUCAUUUCCUGGUGCAGCUGUAAAAUGUUCCAUAGUAUUUUCAUGUUCAAGAUCUGUUGUUUGUCAAUAAUCUUGUUUUCACAAAUAACCCUUCUUAUUUUAGAGCUGGUAUCGCCUCCCUUACAACCCGAGAGAGACGCUCAUAAAAACGCAGCUCUGAUCAGAGUAGAAACGGCUCUUGUGGAUGUAAUUCUUCAGUUCGUCUUCUUCCUUUCGUUACGCCGGCUUUCCGCAGAUCGUGGCUGAGCCUCCUUCGGGGUGCUGGAGGCAGGCAGGAGCUCCUCCCGGGCUGUGCAUCUCGUGGCAGGCUUUCUCAGAGUGGACACUCAGGGAGGUUCAGGCAGCUAUUCAGUAUUUCUCCCCCUUCCACCCAACGAGUAGUAAAACUCAGGGUUCCUCCCGGGUUCCUCCUUGCAUUGCUAUGGGCCACGAGUGGUCGAAAUGGACAGAACUCUGGCUUUACAGCCGGCACAGGCCGGCACACCGGAUGCCAGCUGCUCGGUCUAUAGCCGCGUCUUGCCGCAGUCUCCGGACACCGUGGCCACUCAUGGUUCGUGAUGUGCCCAUUCCCUCACGUGUGACUGCCCACGGCUCCUUCGGACUGUGUCUCCUCUUCCGUCAGAUCCUACUUUUACUUUGAAAUCGUUCAAUUUCCAGGAAGUUGCAAACUCAAUGCAGAUACUGGCACCCUGGACCCAGUUUCUCCGAUGGCGCCGUUGUAUGUCCACCACAAUAUGAAAACCAAAGAGUUGACCCUAGGACAGCGUGUAGGGUUCUAGGUCAUUCUAUCAUGUUUAGAUUCGUCUGGCCACCGGCAUAAUCAACAUACGGGCACAGUCUCUCACCAUGACGAUGUCCCUCACGGUGUGGCUUACUAUCACACCCAACCUCUCCCCCCAACACCACUGUGACCACGGGCUUGUUCCCUACCUUUAAAAUUUUGUCAUUUUCAGAAUGUUCUACAUCCUACUACCUGGUUUUCAUUUCCUCAAUGUGGGCGUGACACAAAAACAUGUGGGUUACAUAAGAGGAAGGGAGGGAAAAGCUGGAGGAAAGAGGUCACCGCCCACACCAAGCUUCCCUCCACCCGGUGACCGCAAAGCUGAAGAGGGGUCCUUAACAGCAAGCAGCAGGAACAGGGCCAUGAUUGUGGUGAUUAGUAGGAACUUUGGUAAGUUCCUCAAGAUGAGGGUUCAAGUUGAGGGUGGGGUUCCAGAAGAGGGUGGACUGACACACCGAGAGACAUGAAGAAUGCAGAAGAAACAAUGCCGGCUUGUGUUUACGGACUGCCUCACACACGUCAGGACCCACGCUCGAGUUUUCUCCAACAUUCACAUAGGUACAUUCCACAUCCGUGACGUGUGCCGUGCCUGGAUCACCUUCGCUUAUUUAAUGAUUGACUGA